CUCUCCCUCCUCUGCCUCUUUCUUCUCUUUCUCUUACUCUCACUGAAAUUGCACUCCCUCUUCUACAAGCCCAACUCCAAAAACCUCACUCUCCCGCCGGGCUCCACCGGGUGGCCAUUGAUCGGCAAGACCCUCGAGUUCCUGGCCACCGGCUGGAGAGGUCACCCGGAAAAAUUCGUAUUCGACCGCAUAUCCAACUACUCAUCCUACGUCUUCAAGACAAAUCUUCUAGGCCCCCAAACAGUCGUGUUCGCCGGUGCAGCCGGUAACAAGUUCUUAUUCUCCAACGAGAACAGGCUCGUCCAAGCAUGGUGGCCAAGCUCCGUCUACAAAGUCUUCCCAUCCUCAACCCAAACCUCUUCCAAACAAGAAGCUGAUAUUGCUGAUAAAAUCUUGGGUUUGUUGAUUGGUGGCCACGGCACUGCUAGCUCCACGUGCGAUUCCGUUGUCAUGUUUCUUGCGGAGCUUCCUCAUGUUUAUCAACGAGUGUACGAGGAGCAAAUGGAAAUUGCGAAAUCAGAAGCUCCAGGGGAAUUGUUGAACUGGGAUGAUAUUAAGAAGAUGAAGUAUUCAUGGAAUGUAGCGUGCGAAGUGAUGAGACUCGCACCACCCCUCCAAGGAGCAUUUAGAGAAGCAGUGACAGAUUUCAUGUACAAUGAUUUCUCAAUUCCUAGAGGCUGUAAGGUAAUAACCAAAAUUUCAUAUACAACUGUUUUACGGGAUUGGAAUCUCUCCUAUCCUGAUCUAGGCUAGAGAGGUGCUGUUUGGGUCAAUGGGGCCCACUAUGGGUCUCUUUUAGAUCUGAACCGUUUAUUUUUUAGGAUUCUUUGUAUAUAUCAUUAAAAAAAUCAAGAAUUGUAAGCUACUUAAUCACUUUACCUUGUUAUUUUCAUUUUAUUUUUCUUCUUUCAUUUUGAAAUCAUCAGUUAUAUUGGAGUGCGAACUCGACACAUAAAAAUUCUUCUUCGAGCCACACAAGUUUGACCCAUCAAGGUUUGAGGAACUGAACCCGUACCUUACACAUAUGUGCCUUUUGGAUGGGGACCAAGAAUGUGCCUAGGAAAAGAGUAUGCUAGAUUGAAAAUACUAGUGUUCAUGUACAAUCUGGUAAAGAGGUUCAAGUGGGAGAAAGUAAUUCCUAACGAGAAGAUUGUUUUCGAUCCCAUGCCUAAUCCUGAAAAAGGCCUUUUGAUUCGUCUUUUCCCUCACAAAGCUUAAAUUGGCUCUAGAUUGUUGAUUUCUCAC